AUGGGGAUUUCUGGCAUUGUGAUCCUCUUCGCGGCGAUCUUUCUCUCGUCUCAAUCUCAAUGCGCGAUCUCUAGUAGCAGCGCCAGGAAUUUCCCUCUUCUUCUCGAUCAUGGCCACAGGUGGGUGUGCAAUGUGCUGGAUUUCGGCGCCGUGGCGGAUGGAAAGACGAUCGAUACGUCGGCGAUCCAGUCGGCGAUCGACUACUGCGCCUGGAAGGCGCGCGCGUCGAGCCUGCAUUUUCCUCCAGGGAAAUAUCUCACCGGAGCUGUGUUCCUCGCCUCCAAUAUGGCUGUGGUCAUCGAUCCCGGAGCGAUUAUCCUUGGCAGCUCCCGGCAGGAGGAUUAUCCGCGCGAGAGGUCGCGCUGGUAUGUUCUAGCGGCCGAGAAUGCCGUGAAUGUGAGCGUCACAGGCGGGGGAAUCAUCGAUGGCCGGGGGCUCGAGUUUGUUUCCAGGUUUUGGUCGCGCAAGAACGUUAUGGUCAGCUGGAACACGACGGGUGCGUGCAUUGGCGAUGAAUGCCGGCCUCGCUUGCUAGGAUUCGUGAAUUGCGAGAACGUUCGCGUGUGGAACAUCCAUCUAAGGCAGCCAGCUUACUGGAGCCUCCAUGUUGCCAACUCGAGCGGGAUUUACAUCCAUGAUAUCACCCUGUAUGGAGAUUUUAACACGCCCAACAACGAUGGCAUCGACAUAGAUGGUUCCAACAACACGUACAUCACAAACUGCCGCUUGGACACCGCCGACGAUGGAAUUGUUGUCAAGAGCAUCGCGGGACCAGUAUCUAAUGUAAGCGUGACGAACUCCUGGAUCAGAAGCAAAUCUUGCGCGGUGAAGAUCGGCAGCGAAACUUACCAUGAUCUUGAUGGUCUUUACUUCGACAGCAUCACUAUCGUGGAGUCUCACAGAGGACUUGGAGUACAGUUACGUGACAAAGGGAAUAUUUUCAAUGUAACAUUCUCCAAUAUUGUACUAAGCACUCGCUUGUACGACCCUUUAUGGUGGGGAAGAGCAGAACCAAUCUAUGUCACAGCUUGUCCUCGGAACCUCUCAACGAGUGUGGGCACGAUCGACAGCGUCAGGUUUAUCAACAUUUCCUCUUCAGCAGAAAAUGGUAUUUUCUUGGCCGGCUCGGACGGAGGAGUGCUGAAUAGAUUGGAGCUUUCUAAUGUUUCUGUGAGGCUGGGCAGGAUCACGGACUACCCGGGCGGCCUCCACGAUUAUAGACCAGGUUGUCAAGGCCUCGUACAUCAUCGAACUGCCGGCGUUUUCAUGAAGCACGUACAUGAAGUUACUGUGAAGGACGUGAACUUGCACUGGGAAAGAAGUGGGGUGGAAGAUUGGGAUCUGCCUGUGGAUUUCGAGCCAAGGACUAUCGGACGCCUCUGGAUGAGUAACUUCACAUCCAGCGCAUAGCCAGCAGACGUCAGCUGGCAUCACAGUCUUCUGCCGGCCGAGCUGUUUGUGAAAUAGCUUUGUUACAACAUACGUAUGCUAUAUAUCGUGCGCACUAGAGUCACUCUGAAAGACAAUUUCUUUAAUCGUAACUCGUGAGCGGGGGUCGUUGGAACAACCCCGUCGAGGGAACGAUCAUAUCCUCAACUUCGGAAAGCGUAGAGUGGACGAGAAGCAAGCACUAGCAGACGGUGGGGUCCAAGUUUCUCAGGAAUAUCAGAGAAAAGCUAUUACCCCACCCAGAAUUCGACCUUUCAACCAAGGCACAUAGAUUCCCUGAACACUUUGAUUGACUACUAAAAAAGAAUCAGUCUUUAUCGA